GUUUCACACAUUUCGGCGCUUGACAGCAGUCGCAGCUGCCUCUGUUUACUUGCUUACUUUGCAUAGCCUGCUAGAGGAAGAAGCGUACCAGCCGAUGUUUUCUUGGCUAAUUUCCUGACAUUAUCAGCUUAUCAACCACCAGUUCGGAGAACCACUUCGAGCCCAUGAGUCGCAGUCGGAACCCCCCUCAGCGGGGUCAAGGAGCAGCCCGGGCCAAACAGAUGGGGCUGCUGUUGGACCUGGACCCUGACGGAGGGCUGGAUGGGGGUAAUGAUGAGGACCUGGAGGCGGAGCUUCUGGCUCUGGUGGGCGGGGGAGGGGCGCGGUCACCUGCCAAAAAGGCCGGAGGCAAAGCUCCCUUGCCCAUGGAGGAUAUCGAGCGCAUGGCGGCCAUGUGCAUGAAGGACCUGGACGACAACGACGAGGGUGAUGACCUGGAGGGAGACGAAGACCUUCUGGCGGAGCUGAAUGAGGUGUUGGAUGAAGGUGAGGAAGAGCAGUGCAGGCCGGCGCCGCCAGUGCCCGCCUCCCGCUCCACGCCCCCCGCCUCCUCGCCACGCUCUCCGCCUGCUUCGUCUCCGAGUGCCGCGGGUGGGGUCGAAGGUCGUCUGCAGGAGCGCAUCCAGAUGUACCAGGCGGCCAUCGCCAACGCCAAGGCCACGGGGGAGUCCAGCAAGGCCCGGCGAUACGACCGCGGGCUCAAGACUCUGCAGUCGAUGUUGACCUCCGUGAAGAAAGGGAAGCCAAUCAACGAGGACGAGAUGCCGCCUCCGGUUGCCACGGGAGCAAAACCCGCCCCUGCCCCUGCCGCCGCGUCUCCGCCCGAGCCAGAGCCAAUCAGCGAGCGGGAGCCUCCCGGCGUUACCGCUAGCCCAACCAGUGGAAGCGCGCCCGGCGGUCGGCAAACCCAGCUCCUGGUGCCUCAGCAGAGAUCCGCUGCCGUUACCCCAGAUACGCCUGCCAUCUCGCCACUGACGCCCGGUCAGCCGCACGCACAGCACUCAGAGCUGAAGGCGCAGGUUCUGAGCAGACAGAGGGAAUAUAAGCUGGCUGCCAUCCACGCCAAACAGAGCGGCAACAACGACCUCGCCAAACGCCACUAUAUGAUCGCCAAGUCGCUAGACUCUGUAGUGGACGCAGUGGACCGAGGAGAGCCAGUGGACGUCAGCUCUCUGCCGCCCCCUCCUGGUCAGCGCCGCUCACUACACUCCCUUCGUCACUAUCAAUACCAGGACGCCAUCAGGGCUCACAAGGCCAGCAGGCAGGUCAACCUGGCCGACCUCCCAGUGCCUCCAGGCUGUCCUCCUCUGCAGGGGACAGAGUCAGGUGAACAGAACUUCAUGGGUGUCCUGGAGACGGCUAUGAAACUGGCCAAUCAGGAUGCAGAAGCAGACGAUGGUGAUGAUGAUGAUGAUGAUGUGGCAAAGCCUGCCGUGCGUCCUGCUGUUCAGAAGGCCCGAGCUCCGGCUCCCCCCUCGGGUAGCUCACCUGGUGGGACGCCCUCCGCCUCCUCACCUGCCCCCAAACUGGCCGGCAAAGCCCAGCAGCAGCUGGAGUUCCUAUUGGCGCGGCGACAGCAGUUUGUGAAGGCGGCGCUGCGCUCCAAGCAGAUGAAGGACAUGCAGGGGGCCGCCCAGCACCUCAAACACGCCAAGGGACUCGACCCCAUGAUCAGCGCCGCCAAGGCAGGACUGCCUGUGGACAUCACUAAGAUCCCCAGUGCCCCGGUGAGUGAGGAUGACUACUCCCUGGGCCGCUCGCGUUCCUCCCCUCUCUCCCCACACUCCUCUGAGCAGUACUCCCAGCUCAUGGGCCUGCUCAAGCAGCAGCAUGAGAAGUGCCUGAACUACUCACAGCAGUUUACACACCUGGGCAACGUGGCCGAGACCGCCAGGUUUGAGAAGCUUGCUGAGGAGAGCAUGAGUAACAUUGAACUUCUGAAGAAGGCUCACGCAAAAGGAAAGCCAGUUCCCAGCUACCACAUGGAAGAACGCACCUUCAACACUGUCAAGAUGUAUCCUAACCUAACUGCCAAUGAGAUGCUGCUGCUCAUAGUGAAGGGGAUCAACCUGCCGGCUCCUUCAGGAGUUUCCCCCAAUGAUCUUGACGCCAGCGUACGGUUUGAGUUCCCCUUUCCCAGUUCGGAUUGAAGGGAUAAGACAAGUACAAUCAAGAACACCAACUGUCCAGAGUUUAAGGAGCAGUUUAAGCUCAACAUAAACCGGACCCACAGAGGUUUCAAGAGGGUGGUCCAAUCCAAAGGCAUCAAAUUCGAGAUCUUCCACAAAGGCGGUCUGUUUAAGGGGGAUAAGAGUGUGGGCACGGCACAGCUGAAGCUGGACUCACUGGAGAAUCAGUGUGACCUCCGACAAAUCAUAGAUGUGCUGGACGGCCGUAAGCCCACAGGUGGGCGUCUGGAGGUGCGGGUGAAGAUCCGUGAGCCGCUGGGAGGAUCGCAGCUGCAGCCCGUCACAGAGAAGUGGAUCGUCCUGGACCCAUUACAACUCUCCCCACUGGUGAACCCCACACGGAACGAGGAGGAAGUGCCGUCCCCCAGGUCCAAACCAAGGAGUGACCACGAGAAGAAUGACAAUCAUAGCAACAGCAAACACAGUCACUCCCCUCCACAGUAUAAACUGCACAGUUUCAGUCUCCUCAACUACGACAAAGAACGACUAGAAAAAAAGAUGGAGGCGUACAGGAAGAAUAGGCGGGAGCCUCCGUCUGAUCUGAUCCAACAACACAAAGACGUGUGUCGCAGACUACAGUGGCAGAAGAGCUACCUGGAGAGAGGCUCUUCAUCCACACUAUCCGAGUAUGAGCAUGUGCUGAAGAAGAUGGUUCAGGGUCUGUCUGAGUCCAUCAAGAAGUUCUCCAGCCAGGGCAACAGGGAAGCCGCUAAGGAUGCUCUAGGGAGGAUGAAAAUGGUGGAACAGGAGAUGGAAUCAUUGAGGAAAAGACGGAGUGUGUGAAGAGAGGGAAUGGUGGACUGAAGCAAAUGCUGGAAUUGCACGCACACACACACACACACUUUCACACACACACACACACACACACACUUUCACACACACACACACACACACACUCCCACACACACACACACACACUGCGCUCUAAGCACCUUUUGGCAUUGCAGCACUCCAAGAUGCACUCUACCUCUGCGUUACUGCUAGCCAGGCACCCUUUGGUUUCUCCUGUCUGUGUGUGUGUGUGUGAGUGUGUGAGAGAGAUGGUUAUGUGCGUGUGUGUGUGUCUGAGAGAGAUGGGUAUGUGUGUGUGUGUGUGUGUGUGUGUGUGAGAGAGAGAUGGUUAUGUGUGUGUGUGUGUGGGUGUGUGUGGUGUGUGAUGCCAGUAGAGCAGGUAUGUGAGGUAGGUUCCUCUCAGCCUUCUCUCCUUUCUUAUUACUAACUUACACUCUCUCUCACACACACACACACACACACAUACACACACACAC